ACCCUGAAGGCCAGCUGCAGCCGCUUCCCGCGCAUUUUUCUUCGACCCAGGUAGGUCGCAUUGGGAUUCGCUUGCAUUUGGUGUUUUCACUCGCCUCCAAACCGCCGUAGCAACACCAUCCAGACAACGUGGAAUUCCCGCUGAACCAGAGACAGUCAUUAUUUCCAUUUUUCGGUGACCAAAAAUUGUGAAAAUAUAAGCUAAAAUGCCGCGCAGAAAGGCCCUGACUAAUAACAACAAUGCCGGCGAGACGGAGCCGCAGCCACCGAAGGCGAAGCGCGCCAGAAUCGCUUUUCAUCUGGAGCUGCCCAAGCGGAGGACCGUGAUCGGCAACGUGCUGGUCUGCGGCAACGGCGAUGUGGGCCAACUGGGUCUCGGCGAGGACAUACUAGAGCGCAAGCGUCUCAGCCCUGUGGCGGGCAUCCCGGAUGCCGUGGACAUAUCCGCCGGUGGCAUGCACAACCUGGUGCUGACCAAGUCAGGGGACAUCUACUCAUUCGGUUGCAAUGACGAAGGUGCUCUGGGCCGUGACACCAGCGAGGAUGGCAGCGAGUCAAAGCCGGAUCUUAUCGAUUUGCCCGGCAAGGCUCUGUGCAUUUCGGCGGGAGACUCGCAUUCCGCUUGUCUGCUGGAGGAUGGCCGUGUCUUCGCUUGGGGCUCGUUCCGGGACUCUCAUGGCAACAUGGGCCUCACCAUCGAUGGUAACAAGCGUACGCCCAUCGAUCUGAUGGAGGGCACUGUCUGUUGCAGCAUCGCCUCCGGCGCCGAUCAUUUGGUCAUCCUGACCACUGCCGGAAAGGUCUUCACCGUGGGCUGCGCUGAGCAGGGACAACUCGGGCGGCUGUCGGAGCGUUCCAUCUCCGGAGAGGGUCGUCGUGGCAAACGCGACUUGCUGCGGCCCACCCAGCUCAUCAUCACGCGGGCCAAACCCUUUGAGGCCAUCUGGGCCACCAACUACUGCACAUUCAUGCGCGAGUCACAGACGGAGAUCAUCUGGGCCACAGGGCUUAACAACUUCAAGCAGCUGGCCCACGAGACAAAGGGCAAGGAGUUCGCACUGACGCCCAUCAAGACGGAACUUAAAGAAAUCCGACAUAUUGCCGGCGGUCAGCACCAUACUGUGAUCCUGACAACAGACCUUAGGUGUUCCGUGGUGGGUCGUCCGGAGUACGGUCGGCUUGGACUGGGCGAUGUCAAGGAUGUUGUGGAGAAGCCAACGAUUGUGAAGAAGCUGACCGAAAAGAUUGUUUCCGUUGGAUGUGGCGAAGUGUGUUCCUAUGCCGUUACAAUUGAUGGCAAACUGUAUUCCUGGGGCUCCGGCGUCAACAAUCAACUGGGCGUUGGCGACGGCGAUGAUGAGCUCGAACCGAUCGUGGUUGUCAGCAAGAACACGCAGGGCAAGCACAUGCUGCUCGCAUCUGGCGGUGGUCAGCACGCAAUCUUUUUGGUCAAGGCGGACAAACAGGACCAGAAGGAGAAUGUUCCAGUGAAGGCAUCUGGCAGCAGUAGUAAAAAGGACAAGACCCCGCCGCAGGAUAAUGCCGACAAGGAAGCCGAGAAUGUAGACAAGCAGGAGCAGAAGGAAAACUUGCCGGCGAAGGCGUCAACCAGCAGCAAAAAGAACAAGACGCCGCCGCAGGAUAAUGCCGACAAGGAAGCCGAGAAUGUAGAUAAGCAGGACCAGAAGGAAAACUUGCCGGCAAAGGCGUCAAGCAGCAGCAAAAAGAUUAAGACGCCGCCGCAGGAUGAUGCCGCCGAGAAGGUCGAAGAGGAGUCUGCUCAGGAACCGACUCCCAAGAAGGCCAAGAAGCCGGCUGCCAAGCGGGGCGGUAAAAAGACAUAAGAUUGAGUAUAAAUACGCUGACUUUCCUACUUUGUUUUUGGUAACACUAAGUUACAAACCCUUACGCUUACCCUACUGUUAAGGAAGGUUUACUCAUUGCCCAGAUUCGUAAGAUAGAUCGGAAAUUUUGCUAAUUGUACGUUAUGAUCUACGAACUGAAUCCUGUUAAGUUCUUUUUAUUUUGAUAAAUAGAUGCCCGCUUACAUCUUACAAGUCUGCCUAAAGACGAAAACUUCUUUAUCAAUCCAACUAAAUGUUUAUUAUAUAUAUUCGUUCGCAAUACGAAGCCGUAGUAAAUUUGUAUUUGAACGCAAAAGGAAACUAAAUGAGAUUUAUUUACAAACUAA